AUGGCCAUGGCCCCGGGCAGCCACUGCCUCGUCCUCCUCCUCCUCCUGGGCAUCCUGGGGUCCUUGGCGCUGGACAAACCCGACCCCCUGGAAGACGUGGUGAUAGACAGAUACUAUAUCCCCAAAAUCUGCCUGCGGGAGGCACAGAUGGGGGAUUUCAUUCCCCAACAGCAGAGCUCCCACCUGCUCACUCACCAGCACAUCCACACUGGGGAACGGCCCUACCUAUGUGUGGAAUGUGAAAAGAGCUUCAGGGACAGCUCCAACCUCUGCAAAUACCAGCACAUCCACACUGGGGAACGGCCCAACAUGUGUGAGGAAUGUGGGAAAAGCUUCAGGCAGAGCUCCCACCUCCGAAGACACCAGCUCAUCCACACUGGGGAACGGCUUUACCAGUGUGGACAAUGUGGGAAGAGGUUUCAGACCAGCUCCAGUCUCCUCCGGCAUGAGAGGAUUCACACGGAUGAGAGGCCCUUCCGCUGCACCGACUGCGGGAAGGGCUUCCAAAGAACUCAGAACUCCACCCUCGUCAGGCACCGGGGCAUCCACACCAGGGAGAGGCCCUACACGUGUGGGGAGUGUGGGAAGAGCUUUGCCCAGAGUGGACACUUGUCCAAACACCACCACAUCCACACUAGGGAGAUGCCCUACAAGUGUGGGGAGUGUGGAAAGAGCUUCACCCAGAGCUCUAACUUGACGAGACACCAAGAGACGCACCAGUAA